GAGCCGCGAAGCAACUCUUUCAAACCGAGACCUCCGUCAAGCUCCGUUUAAGCGCAGCAGACGAAUUCGCGUUUGAGAGUAUCCGAGCCCUAUGCUCUUCACGCUACUGAAGUGGAUCAAAUCUCACAACUCUUGUCGAUUCUGUGAAGCAAAGCUGUAAGGAAUUUGUUCGAAGGAUGAAACCUUACAAGUUCACAAGCUCAAAUCUCUUUGAACAUGCAAAAAUGUUAGAGCUUCAGGAUUAGUUUAGUACCAUGGAAAUCCAAGGGAAAAUCCUCCCAUCUAAUAUCGAAUUUCAACUGCAAGCCAUCCUGGUAGCAACUAUUCUUACUCUUUUCUUUAAGAAUUCAAUCGCGGAAAUGUUCACCCCCAGCCAUGAAAAUUUCCUAACGGUGAAGAGCAAGGAGUACUCGUUCUGCACUAAUAGUAAAGGCGAUGGGGUAUGCACAUUGAAUGAGAUGGAGGGUGAGCAGUGGGGUAUGGUGGAGAAGACUGGCACCCAGUUUCUGGUGAAAGGCCUACCGUUCUUCGUAAAUGGAUUCAAUACCUAUUGGCUUAUGGUCUUCGCCGCCGAUCAUUCAACAAGGGGAAAGGUCAGCGAGGUCUUCAGGCAGGCGGCAGCAGUCGGGCUUAAUGUUUGCCGAACUUGGGCUUUCAAUGAUGCAGGAUGGCGAGCGCUUCAGAUUUCUCCUUCGGUAUAUGAUGAGGAGGUGUUCAAGGGGCUGGACUUCGUGGUGAGUGAAGCUAGAAGUCAUCAUAUAAGAUUGAUACUUUCAUUCUGUAAUAACUGGGAAGACUAUGGUGGGAAAGCUCAGUAUGUGAAGUGGGGAAAGGAAGCUGGUCUUAAUCUUACUUCUGAUGAUGAGUUCUUCACGGAUCCAACUAUAAAAGGUUACUAUAAAGCUCAUGUUGAGAGAGUUCUCACCAGAAUCAAUACAUUCACCAACGUGAAGUAUAAGGAUGAUCCAACAAUCUUUGCAUGGGAAUUGAUUAACGAACCACGCUGUCUAUUGGAUCCUUCAGGUGAUACCCUACAGACAUGGAUAGAAGAGAUGGCACAAUUUGUCAAGUCUGUCGAUCCAAUUCAUCUUCUAGAGAUUGGCGUAGAAGGUUUUUAUGGCCCAUCAACACCAGAGAAGCUGCAACAAAACCCCAAAUCUUACAUGGGAGAAGUUGGAACUGACUUUAUAAGAAACCAUCAAACCCCAGGCAUUGACUUUGCUUCAGUUCACAUCUACUCAGAUACUUGGCUACCAGAUUCUUUCUCUGAUGAACAUUUCGACUUCGUCGAAAGCUGGAUGCAAGAUCACAUGGAUGAUGCUGAGAAGUUAUUAAACAUGCCGGUUGUAUUUGGAGAAUUCGGUGUUUCUUUGAAGGAUGAAAGGUUUACUACAGAGUUUAGAGAAGCUUUCAUUGGUAGAGUACACAAAAUGCUGUUGAUGUCAAAAAAAAGAGGGGGAAGUGGGGGAGGAAGCCUACUGUGGCAACUUUUCCCUGAGGGGACAGAGCACAUGGAUGAUGGAUAUGCUGUAGUUUUAGCAAAAUCUCCGACGACAUCGAAUGUGCUAUCCCUCCAUGCUACAAAGCUUCGGAAGGUGAACUCAGAAUCACCUUGGAAGAAUGUCAGUAGUGAGGAUGAUGACCUUUCUCAUGAUGAACUUUAGUUAAAGUGAUAGAUUGUAUACAAUGAAACUAUAUGUAAUGUAUGCUAUUAAAAUUUAUGAUGUCAAUUAUUGUCAUAUUUACAAUAUGGACGUUUAUAGUGAUGUUUGUUGACUUCAUUUAUUUGAAAUCAA